AUGGAAUAUCAUCGUAUGUGUAUCAUUGGUGGUGGUGGAUAUUUUGGACAACAUAUUGCUCAAGAAUUACAAGAACAAGGCUUUCAUACUGUAAUAUUAGACAUUAGUUUUUGUGAUAUACCAAUGGUGAAACUAAACGAAUCACUCACAACUCGAAUUACGGGUUCAUUAUUGGAUAUAAAAGUAUUAGAUCAAGCAUUAUACGGUUGCGUUGCAUGUUUUCAUAUUGCCGCAUACGGUAUGAGUGGUGGCGCUUCUUUGGAUAAAGAAAUGGUAUACUUAAUUAAUGUUACUGGCACUAAACAAGUAUUAGAGCGUUGUCGUAUCAAUGGUGUACAAAGGUUUAUUUUUGCAAGUUCUGUAGCUGUCAUUUUUACCGAUGAGGAGCUACAAGAUGCUGAUGAAUUAACCCCAUAUCCACAUCCAUCUAAGUAUUAUUCAUAUUAUGCAGCAUCUAAAGCAGUAGCUGAAAAAUAUGUAGUAAAUAGUAAUUGUGAUACAUUGAAAACUUGUGCUCUCCGAUAUCGUGGAAUAUAUGGUCCUGCAGAACCGCGAACUGUAAAAAGGACAGUGGAUCUAUGCAAACGUGGUUUAGUUCUUGCAACUUUUCAUAAAUUCCAUGAAUGUAUGACGCAAUACAGUGGAAUUGGAAAUAGUACUAGGGCGAUGAGAUUAGCUGAAGAUGCUUUAAGAAGAGGUGUCGCAUGUGGUAAAAUAUAUAAUAUUGUUGAUGGUGGUCCACCUGUUGGAUCAUUCAGUUUUUGGUUCCCGCUUAUUCGAGCAUUUAACAAACCGUUACCUAUGUUCAAAAUACCGUAUACACUUGUAGUAUACUUGGCUAUAUUAUUCGAAUAUCUCUAUCGCUAUUUUGGUCUAGAACCAUUAUUUACCAGGCUUGAAGUGAAUCUAGUAUCAAUUACCAAUACUUAUUCCAUUAAACAAGCCCAACAUGAUCUCGGCUAUAAACCAAUUCAAAAUCAUGACCUUACCGAAGUGAUACGUUAUUAUAAAAUAGCCAAGAAUAGCAACAAUAGGAAAAAAGAUAAUAAUAAUAUUGUAAUUUCAUCAAUAUCAUCUGAUAAGAAGCAUUUAAAUAUUGUUCUUCUUAAUCGUAUCAGUUUCAUUUUACUUAUGUUAAUUGUAUUUCUUUUUUGGAUUGCUAGUACAUUAUUUGUAUAA